CCGACCGGGCGGCGAGCUGUCAAAGAGGGAUCCCGGCGGCGGGAGCAGCCCGAUGUGCCCCUAGCUGCAGGACCCCCCGGCCUGCCGCCAUGAACACCGAGGAGCAGUACUACGCCUCGGCGCAGCUCUACAAGGAGCCGUGCGCCUUCCAGAGAGCGCAGGAUUACAGCCCCAGCCCCCCCGCCUGCCUCUACGUGGGCCGGCAGCAGCAGGCUCCGUAUCCCGGCUCUCUGGGGACGCUGGAGCAGGGCAGCCCGUCGGACAUCUCGCCGUACGAGGUGCCCCCCAUCAGCGAGGAUGCCGGGGUCUCCCACCUGCAUCACCACCACCACCACCACCCUCAUCUCCCUCCCCCGCACCAGGACGCUCUGCCUUUCUCCGACGGGGCGGACCCGGGGGCGAUGGAGGAACCCCGGGUGCAAGUGCCUUUCGCCUGGAUGAAGUCCACCAAGUCGCACGCCUGGAAGGGGCAGUGGGCAGGGGGUUCCUACGUGGUGGAGCCGGAGGAAAACAAGAGGACGCGGACGGCCUACACGAGAGCGCAGCUUCUGGAGUUGGAGAAGGAGUUUCUCUUCAACAAGUACAUCUCCCGGCCUCGGCGGGUGGAGCUGGCCGUCAUGCUGAACCUGACCGAGAGACACAUCAAGAUCUGGUUCCAGAACCGGCGGAUGAAAUGGAAGAAAGAAGAAGACAAAAAGAGGGGGACGGCCAACAGCGCUGAUCCCGAGCAGGACUGCGUGGUGUCCUCUGGAAAGCUGCAGGGCAAAGAGGAUCUGCAGCCGUGACUGCGGCCUCCACCAACCCCUCCAGCUCGGUCCCGGCCUCGCCCCCGGACAACAGAGGGACCCUCGGGGCCCCGGGGCAGAGCCUGGAGCUUCUUUCUCGGAGGAUCCGCGGUGCCUCUCCCCCCGGAACUCCCCGAGCCGAAGAGGCGUGCGGGGCCGGGACUGCGGUGUCCCGGGGGAGGCGGAUCGCGGAUGGCCGACACCGACGGCGGCAGCGGCCCCGGGAGAGUGGAGCGGGCACCGCAGGAAGGGGAGCGGGGCCGGGCGAGGGGCUCUGCGGGCCGCCCCGCCGCUCUGAGGGGCUCCGCGGCACCGGUUCUGCAGGGGACUUUCAAAAGAAAUCGGACUCGUGCUCGGUUCUUCGGCAAUUUGGUUUGUUUCGUUUUCUUCCGACUUUU